AUGCCACCACUCCCUUUGUCUGAAGGCCACGAGGGUACUCAAAAUGGCGUGCACCGCCCCAACAAGAUAGAAUACAGGCGCAAGCCACGAACUGACUUUACCCCAUCCCAACGCUCAGUACUGCUGAGUGCCUUUGAAAACAACAAUCAUCCAGGGCACGAUGUUACAAAAGAAUUAGCUACAAAAAUCAAUGUUGAUGAAACGGUGAUAAAAAUCUGGUUUAAGAAACAGUGUAGCAAACGGAAGAAAGAUCAGCUAAAAAUGAAGCUAGCUUCUUUGCCCGGAACAUCUACGCAGACCUCUUCUGAAAAGAAGGAGCAGGUCCUACAAAGUCCUGUUGCAAUUUGUUCAUCGAUUUCUUCCAUUUCAGAUGACCAUGUCUGUGACCGAGCAGAGCGUUUUGAGAAAGAUAUCAGUAGAAGACACGGAGCCUCUGUGUUUGGUUCGUCAUUCCAAAGUCAACCUGAUGGAACUCAGGGACAGUACGUCGAAGAUUUUGACAUUGAUGACACAGAUAAACUUAUAGAAAUGUAUUAUCUGCCUGGGGAAGAUGAUCCCAGCAGUCUAGAUAUAUACCUCCCCCCAGGCUGCCUGCAGUGA